CGUCCCUCCAGCAGGCGGCGCUACCUAUAGAGCCGGGUCCCGGUGCGCAUGCGUCGUUAUAAAUACAGCCCGGAAGACAUGGCUCCAUCCAGCAAGCUAGUGUACAUGUGUGGGAAAGUGGCGUUGUGUUGCUUAAAAACGUAAAGAUAUGCGGUGCCCGUCCAGAUCACAGAAUCAGAGCCAGAUGUACUGACGUUAGAAAGGUUUAAACUUUUGCGGCCGUUUAACUCUACAAGUUCGACAUGUCUCAUCGAGGGCCUUUAACUGCCGUCCUGACGACAGUCCUGGGAGCGGCCUUAGGGGGGCUGCUCAUAUGGCGAGUGUACAAAACCAAGAGGAAGAGGCUGCCUUCCGUCCAGAAGGCGGCUGAUCCCGUGGAAGCGCCGUGUCCCGUCCGAGAGGAGUUCACAGCCGUGGAGCACGAACGGAUCCAGCGGGCGCCUCUUCGAGACAAGGAGUUUAAGACCGUGGAGUGUCAGACGUCGCUGCUGGGGGGGAAACCGGUGAUGGUGUCGUCUGAAGAGGAUUGGCAGCGGAUAUGGCCGCUGAUGAAAGAGGAGCUGUCAGUCUUCCCUGUGCUCGGGCUUGACUGUGAAUGGGUAAAGACCAAAGGCGUGUCGGUGAAAGGCCGAGCGUCCGCGGUCUCCCUGCUGCAGAUGGCCUCGUACUCCGGUCUCUGCGUCCUGGUCCGGCUGCUGGCGUUUCGCAGCCCCCAACAGUCCUUCCCUCUCUCCUUGAUCGAGGUUCUCAGAGACCCACACAUCUUGAAAGUCGGCGUCGGCUGCUACGAAGACGGAAAGCGUCUGACGAGGGACUACGGCCUGUCGAUGACGUGCACGGUCGACCUGCGCUACCUCGCCUUGAGACAGAGGCAAGCUUUGGUGAAUAACGGCCUCAGUCUGAAGUCCCUGGCGGCGGAUCUGUUGAAUGUAUCUCUGGAUAAAUCUCUCGAGCUGCGCUGCAGCGACUGGGAAGCGGAUCAGUUGACACUGGAGCAGAUGACGUACGCUGCCAGAGACGCCCAGGUUUCCGUCGCGCUGUUCCUCCACCUCCUCGGCCUCCAGCCCGAAGCCGGUCUCGCCUUUUCCAGCGGGAGCUCCUACUCGGAGUUGGCCUCCCGCUGCCAGGGUCUGGUGGACGUGCCCUUCAAGGGCCGAGGAGACGGAGACGACAAGUCGGGCGACGGGGAGAGGAGGCGCAGGAUGCGGAAGCCGGCGGUUUAUGAAAGCCCAGAGUCUGGAGAUCAGCAAGUCCCAGACCCUCGAAAGAACAACAAGAGGAAACCGCUGGGAGUCGGAUAUUCUGCCAGGAAGUCUCCUCUCUAUGAUAACUGCUACCUGCAUGCGCCGGAUGGACAGCCUCUGUGUACCUGCGACAAGAAGAAAGCCAAGUGGUACCUGGAUAAAGGAAUAGGAGUGCUGGAGAGUGAAGAUCCGUUCGUCGUGAGGCUCCUGUUCGAGCCGUCAGGACGUCCAGACUCUCAGCAGGACUACUACCUGACCGCUAAGGAGAAUCUGUGCGUGGUCUGUGGGAAAGCAGAUUCCUACAUCAGGAAAAACAUCGUGCCGCACGAGUACCGGCGACAUUUUCCCACCGAGAUGAAGGACCACAACUCCCACGACAUCCUGCUGCUCUGCACCAGCUGCCACGCCGCCUCCAACGUGCACGACGGCUACCUGAAGCAGCAGCUGGCCGAGGAGUUCGCCGCCCCUCAGGGCUGCGAGGAGGGCGUCCGCCUGCUGGAGGACUCGGACCGACGGCGGGUCCGCUCGGCGGCUCGGGCCCUGCUCACCGCCGGGGGGGGACUGCCGGAGCAGCGGCGGGAGGAGCUGCAGGCGCUGAUCAAGAACUUCCUGAACGUGAAGGAGGACGAGGAGCUGACGGACGAGGUGCUGCAGCGGGCGGCCGAUCUGGAGACGAGGAUCUUUAACGAGGCGUACGUGCCUCACGGCCUGAAGGUGGUGCAGGCUCACGCCGAGAAAGGCCUGCGGGGCCUCAUGGACCUGGAGCGCCGCUGGAGGCAGCACUUCCUCACCAGCAUGCACCCGCGCCACCUCCCCCCCCUCUGGUCCGUCGACCACAACCACGGCAAGUUCCUCCGCAAGUACGGAGAGGACCUGCCCAUCAAACUCAACUGAACGGGGACCGAUGCCAUUUUAUUUUUUUUUUUUGUUUGCGUCUCGUCCACUCGUUGGAUUCGAACCUUUAAAGCAGGUGAAUGCACUGAGCAGCGCGUGGUUGCUGACGAGCUGCCACUCUGCGAUCGGGACCGUGGACGACGUCUCCGUGGGAUAAGAGACGUAAACGACUCUUAAUUGUGAAGAGGAGAAGGAGGAGGGAGCUGCACUGAACACUAAGCUUGCUAACGUCAUGGUUGCAUAUGGACACUUUUUAUGAUGACAAAUGUAUAAUUAUUUAUGAGAUGAAGGAGAAAAAAAAAGUUGAGAUAUUGUAAUUCAAGAACUGAUUUUUAGAUAAAGCUGCAGCCUGCUCUUAAUUUCCCCUUUAAAUUUCCACCCCUCCAAUCCCAUGCAGGUUUGCAGCUAAUGAGAAGAAAUGAUACUCGCUUUGCAUAGAGGGUCAUUUUAACACGACCUUAAAAUCAUUUUGGUGCUUCAGUUUUCAGUCUAUUGUCUGUUUUAGGUCGAUAGAUGAUGUUUUUUUCCCCAGAGACAUCUCGACACCAGGCUUCGUCUUUUUCUCCGUCUGGUUGUCGAGAUCCUCGACCGCUUCGUUUCCACAAUCCAAAACGCUCGGGUCCUGCUGCCGGUUCUCCCCCGGACGGCUGGGACGUCUCAUGGCUCAUGUUUUAAUGUGCCUCUUAAUCCCCAGCCCGAAACCGGAGGCCGGAAGGCGGCGUCCGGACCCCGUUUCCGUUUCACCACGACGUCUUUUUCCACAGAAUCCAAACCGCACAGUGAGGAACGAAAUGAGGUGCCAACUCUGAUGUGAGAAUUUAAAAUGACAGUUCUCUCUCAUCGCAAAAGCAGCAGCGUGUCUUUAUUUGUGUUUUUCCUUUUUGUCUUAAGCUUGAAGCUGUUUUCCUAAAAUUGUGAAAAAUAAAUAUAGGUAUAAAUAAAAGUUUGUAUUAA